CCGACCCCCAAACGGAACAACGAGCGCCCGCCCCCUCCAUCCACCCGCCGCCGCCGGUCGUUAGCUGCUUCGUCUUCCUCCGCCGCCUCCACAGCUCGCUUUUUUUGUCCUAGCCGCUGCCGCAUCGGCGCUGUAUUCCCCGCCUCCCCGGCCCGUUCCUCCGCUUCGCCACCGCCUCGCCCCGACAUGACUGGGUCAUCCAAGAAGCAUGAGCUCAAAUCUAAGCAAAAAUUGGAAAAGAAGCUCAGCUUUUACACAAAAGUAAAAGAUACUGUUACUUCCUUAAAUGCUAAGAAGACUAUCAGUAAGAAAAAGAACCAGAGUCGUCGUCAGAAAAAACUGAAAGCAUACGAUCUCUCAGCACUCUCCGAGUUCCUUCCAGAACCAGCUGCACCAGAGCACAAAACCGAAACAAAGCUGAACUGCAAGUCAAGGCAGACUUUAGUGCUACGGGAGUCUGCUCACCUGAAAGCUGUACUGAACAGCCCGCAGUUCCAGCUCGACCCGUUCGCCGCGAUCCACCAGCACCUGCUAGCAACACAGCCACCUGAAGCUGCGAAGAAGGAUGAUGCCGCCAAGCACGGGAAGGACUCCAAGGACAAGAAAAGGAGGAGGAAGAAGAAAAGCACUUCGUCCAGCACCCAAGCAAUGGAUAUCUGAUGCUGUAACUGUGACAUUGCUAUUGCAGGGAUACACUUCAUUUUUCUGUUGCAACUUUGUUCGGAGGUGACCUCCCUAGUUUUGGUUGAACUUCGGAGGUUGAACUUGUUGACGCUUGGUAUAUCGACGUGUCAAUAUUUGGUACCAGUAGAGUUAGCCUCUCUGUUCUGGGACUCUACUGAGUGAAGUUCGCUGAACAAGUGAACACCCCAUCAAUAUUUCUAAAAGAAUUUCAACGUGACAAUUUUUAAAUGUA